GCUCUAUGAGCUUUCCAACAACGGGUCAUCAAGAGUGCUUGGGAAUCACCUGCUUGCGUUGCUCGAUCUCAAGCAAGACGCGGUGAGACCCCAUGCGCGUCUAGACGUGGCAGAUCUCUUGACACAAGCGCUUGGCGUAAGCAUGCCGCGAAGGUCUGACUUCAUGGCCGGUGGCAGCUCCGCAAGCCGAUCUUACUUACUCCUUGUCCACCGUGCAGCGAAGCACGUCCUGGAGGAGUGUGAGCCUUACGUGGCUUUGAAAAACUGGCUGCAAAGGGUCGAGGUGCCGAUACCAGCUGUCCGCGAAACGCCCUUGCCCACCGCUGAGCGUGCCAUUUCCACGGCGCUGAAGUUCAUUGAGGAGGCUGACAAGGCGGGUGCCGCUUGGCUGCGCGAACGCGGGCCUGUCUGGUACGAAGGGUGCCUUGACGAGCCUCAGACGAGCAAAUGCGGUCAUGAAGAGCCCCAACUUCGGGCCACCGCAGAGAGGCUCUACUUCGACACGUUUAAGGCAUGUGGUGCAGCCGUGGCAGCCAGUCCAGAGGUGCUGCGGGCCGACUGGCUGCAUGCGUUCUGGGCACGCAACUACGAUGCCCUGGUCAUUGUGUCGGUCUUGCGGAAUGUCCAACAGAACGUGGACGAGACCAGGAAAUGGCUGGAUGCACAACUACGCCAUGCAUCGAAGACUGCAGACUGGGAAGGCAUUUCGGAGGCUUGCGAUCGACUGUGGGCCACCACCCCCGCCAGCGAGGCGUGCUUGGUGGAUUGCUUGAUCGAGGUACUGUUCUACGAGCCGGCAGACCGCCAGAGGUACCGGGCCGACAGUCUUGUAGCUCUGAUCAUGGACGAGCCACCUGGACCCUUUGAUUUCACGGUGGUCUCGGCAAUGGGAGUCAUCACAGAGGGUGCCAAGGGCACAGAGAUGGCGGCCACAUACACGCGCUUGAAGCAGACGCGAGGAGUGGAGGUUAUUCGUGCAGAUACCGCCACCUUGCAGUCUGUGGACUACAAUGCCGCAUGCGUUGAGCGUGCAGUGCGUGAAAAUGUUCGGACACCGUGGGGCUGGGUCGGCUACAGUCAAGGGUGUGCGAAUGCCUUCCGUGCAGAGGCGAUGAUGCUCCAGGGAACUCCAGAGCAGCAACGCUUGAUGGGCAACUUCCGAUGUCGACAACUUCUUUACUCUGCCGCUAACGGCUCUGCGCAUGCCACAUGCGGGGACUGGAAGCUGCUGCGAGCGCUCGUAGACGGCGAACGUUUCCUCAAGCGGUUCCAGGCGAGCAUGUCCGCUGCCACGCAGAACUUGGCCUUGGACCUGUUGCAGAAUGCCAUGUCCUCUCGACUCGCAUAUGCGGUUCUUGGCAGUGUCCAGUCACUGACACAUCAAGGGGCACGAACGAUGUGGCGUGAUGGGCAGCACUGCCCACGCGCCCCAUCCACCAGCAUUCGUGGAGUCGUGGAAGAGCACACAAUCCCGGAAUGUUUGAUGAUGUUGUCGAAUGUCAUUUUGCAGCAGAUGGAUUACAGCCAGCGUCAGGACACGCAGGUAGCUGUGGAAGAGGCCGUUGCCCACCCUACCAGUAUACGCAAUGCGAAUGCUGACCUCCUCAGGCAAGUGGACAUCCGCAGUGCCAUCCAACGCACCCAUCACUGGUCGCCACUGAGGGAAGAGGUUCUCUUCCUUAUGACUGCCAAAGAUGACCCAUUGGGCAUGUUCGACGCACCAAAGGAUCGUCACGUCUUCCCUUGGCUGGAGGUGAAUGCACGCUUCGGUGUCAUUGAGAGAUGUCAGCCGAAGCAAAGUGGCACUGCCAAGGAGAGCCCGUUUGGCAUCGGAGGCUAG